CGUGGGGGCGGGACUACGAUUGGGUUACACCGCGCGGGUCCGGGCGGCUUCAAAGCUGGUCGGGGAGGUGAGCGAGCGAGCGGUGUUUGCAGGUGCCGGACGCGCAGGUGGCUGGGCGCGCAGGUCAGGGCGCGUGCGCAGCAGGUGAGGAGGCGAUGUGUGCUCAGGCCAUUGCUCAACAGGCUGAGAAGGACCAAGCGCGCCUUUGGAUCGUAAGAGCCUAGAGAUUUUAAAGGGACCAGUUCAAGAAGCGGGACCUCCGUGCUGCUGUCAGAGCCCUUGCCGAGAGGUGGGAGGGCCCGAUGGCUGCGAAAUACCAGCCCAACGCUCCCAAAACCAAGAGUCCAGGCAGCGUGGCCAAUGGCGGGACCGCGACUCAAGGCCAGUGGGGCCGUGCCUGGGAGGUGGACUGGUUUUCCUUGGCGAGCGUCCUCUUCCUGCUGCUGUUCGCACCCUUCAUCGUCUACUUCUUCAUCAUGGCGUGUGACCAGUACAGCUGCUCGCUGACCGCUCCGGUGCUGGACCUCGCCAGCGGGCGUGCUCGACUCUCAGACAUCUGGGCCAAGACGCCAUCCGUGACGAGGGAAGCGGCCCAGCUCUACACCUUGUGGGUCACAUUCCAGGUGCUUUUGUACGUGUCACUUCCUGACUUCUGCCAUAAGUUUCUGCCGGGCUACGUGGGAGGCGUUCAGGAGGGCGCCGUGACUCCCGCAGGGGUCGUCAACAAGUAUGAAAUCAACGGCCUGCAGGCGUGGCUCAUCACACACGCGCUCUGGUUCACGAACGCCCACCUCCUGUCCUGGUUCUCGCCCACCGUCAUCUUCGACCACUGGAUCCCGCUGCUGUGGUGCGCCAACGUCCUGGGCUACGCCGUCUCCACCUUCGCCAUGGUCAAGGGCUAUUGCUUCCCCACCAGCGCCAGAGACCGGAAGUUCACGGGCAAUUUCUUCUACAAUUACAUGAUGGGUGUGGAGUUUAACCCGCGGAUUGGGAAGUGGUUUGACUUCAAGCUGUUCUUCAAUGGGCGCCCAGGGAUCGUCGCCUGGACCCUCAUCAACCUGUCCUUCGCCGCAAAGCAGCGGGAGCUCUAUGGCCACGUGACUAACUCCAUGGUCCUGGUCAACGUCCUGCAGGCCAUCUACGUGCUGGACUUCUUCUGGAACGAAACCUGGUACCUGAAAACCAUUGACAUCUGCCAUGACCACUUCGGGUGGUACUUGGGCUGGGGGGACUGCGUCUGGCUGCCGUACCUCUACACGUUACAGGGCCUGUACCUGGUCUACCACCCCGUGCAGCUGUCCACGCUCCACGCCGCGGGUGUCCUGCUGCUGGGCCUGUCGGGUUACUACAUCUUCCGGGUGGCCAACCACCAGAAGGACCUAUUCCGACGCACGGACGGCCGCUGCCUGAUCUGGGGCCGGAAGCCCAAGGCCAUCGAGUGCACGUACACGUCAGCCGACGGGCGGAAGCACCACAGCAAGCUGCUGGUGUCGGGUUUCUGGGGGGUGGCCCGCCACCUCAACUACACUGGCGACCUGAUGGGCAGCCUGGCGUACUGCCUGGCCUGCGGCGGGGGCCACCUCCUGCCCUACUUCUACAUCGUCUACAUGACCAUCCUGCUGACCCACCGCUGCCUCCGGGACGAGCACCGCUGCGCCAGCAAGUACGGCAGCGACUGGGGCCGCUACACCGCCGCCGUGCCUUACCGCCUGCUGCCCGGAAUCUUCUAGCAGGUGGUUCCCGGGAGGAGCCCCCUCAGGGGCUAUCAGGAGCAUUCUGUGCCGGUCCGUGGGGGCAGACAUUCCAGUUCCACUUGCCAGAAGCCUCAGUUUCCUCAUCUGAAAAAUGGGAAGAGCCCGGCACUUGGCAGGCGUCUCGUAAACAUGGACCUGCUUCCUUUCCUCUCGUCCCGUCCACACCAGCUGCCUUGUCACCAGCAGAAAUGACCAGUUUUCACUCUUCAGCGUGUGAGGGUGACCUCGUCCCCUUUCACAGCCCACUGAUGACAGCGUUUCUCCUCUGUACUGGGGACCACGCUGCCCGGACAGACUGCUGUCAGCCUGAGCGG